AUGGAAAAGUUUCCCGACCACGUCGAUGCGCCUUACAUGGCCAAUGGCUCCGCACGGGAUCCCAGUCCUCCAAAGCCCCUGCCACCGCGUGGUCAGUCGCACGGAAACGGCAAUGGCAAUGGCAACAGCAGUGCCAUGCUGUCGGACCGCUGGAUGCCGACGCCGAGACGCGACGACGCACACAGCGGUAGCCUCACCUGGUCGGCCUCCAGCAACGGUCGCAACCGCCAAAAGAGCCUGGGCGACGCAUUCCGAACCAUUCGCUCGAGAAAUGGGAGCAUGAGCCAAAACGCCCAUGAGAUUGCCGACGCCCUGCGCGCGCCCGUCUCUCCAAAGCUCGUCGUCCUCUGCUUGCUCUGGUACACGUCCUCGGCGCUGACAAACACGUCGUCCAAAUCGAUCCUCGUCGCUUUCGACAAGCCGGCAACUCUUACCCUCGUCCAAUUCGGCUUCGUCUCGUCGCUCUGCAUCCUCGUCGCCUGGCUGGCCAGCAUCUUCCCAGUUCUACGCACCAAAAUUGCCGUCCUCAGGCAUCCCAUUCGCCGGCCAAGCGUUCAUGUCAUCAAGAGCACGCUUCCUCUGGCCGCAUUCCAGAUUGGCGGUCACCUCCUGAGCUCGACUGCCACGGCAAAAAUCCCAGUGUCCCUGGUCCACACCAUCAAGGGUCUGUCACCAAUGUUCACGGUUCUGGCCUACCGGAUCUUCUACGACAUCCGCUACCCCCAAGCAACAUACCUGUCCCUGGUUCCGUUGACCAUUGGCGUCAUGCUCGCCUGUUCGGGCAAGUCGAGCUAUGGGGGCCACUUGAUGGGCAUCCUGCAGGCACUGAUGGCGACCCUCAUCUUUGUCACUCAAAACAUCGUAUCCAAGAAGAUCUUCAACGAGGCAGCAAAGGCAGAGGUCGAGGCUCCCGGUGUGCAGUCCAAGAAACUGGAUAAGCUCAACCUCCUUUGCUAUUCCUCCGGCAUGGCCUUUGUGGUGACUGGGCCCAUUUGGUUUUGGACCGAGGGCAUCGGCGUCUUGGGAGACUUUUUGCACGACGGUGCAAUAGACUUGAGUAACAACCCCCUAGCCAUGGACCACGGUCGCUUGACCCUCGAGUUCAUCUUCAACGGCGUCUUCCACUUCAGCCAAAACCUGCUGGCCUUUGUGCUGUUGUCCAUGGUUUCCCCCGUCACGUAUUCGGUUGCAAGUCUGAUUAAGAGAGUCUUCGUCAUCGUCUUAGCCAUCUUCUGGUUCAGGAGUCCGACAACCCCCAUUCAAGCUGUGGGCAUUGCUCUGACCUUCUUGGGCCUAUAUCUCUAUGACCGGACGAGCGAGAGCAACAAGGCCGACCGCAAAGCGCGCAUGAUGUCUCAGUUUCGCAGCGGAUCGCCCCUGCUACCUCUUCAGGAAAAGCCCUCCAAGGCCAACGCCCAGAGCCCCAGUCCACUGGCGGAUUCAAGUGUUCAUCCCUACACAGAAGCUUACCUCGGCAUGGCCCCAGCCGGCGAGGACUCGAAGAAGUCGGACGACAGGCUCGGCCGCAGUCGUUCGGGAAACAGCAGCAAAGGCUGGACACCGCGUCAAUGA